AUGUGCAUAAUUUGCCUGGGAAAUGCAAGACACCACCCAGCCGCAUGCUAUGGACUAAAACGCACAGACCACUUGUGCCAGGAAGAAACCUGCCAGAAAGAUUUUCAAAUCCACCACAAGUCGAUCUGCGACAAGGCACACGAAGAAGAAGACCUAGGACUCGAUCAACUCAUGAAAGAUCACCAGGACGAUGACAUCCAAGCGACCCAAUGA